AUGAGUGCCCAUGUCGUUGUGAUCGACGCGACGGCCAGGCGGGCAACCAUCAAGACCACCCCCGCCAAACACUUGACGGAUAUCUUACAUGAAGCUUGCUCGAAGCUUGGUUAUAACUCAAGUCAAUAUGGAUUAAAACACAAUCGCAAACAGCUCGACCUUUCUUUAUCCUUCCGUCUAUCCGGCCUCAGCUCUGGUGCAAAGCUGGAACUAGUACAGGCAUCUCGUUCCCCUUCUGUCGUUACUGUCGGCUUGCAGCUUCCCGAGUCCGAGGUUCGUGGGGCCCCGAAUGGCCGUAUACUUGACAAAUUCCCGAGUUCGACCACACUUUGGCUAGUACUGCGCAAGUUCGAGGCAGGUGUGGCAGGCAGUGGCCAAGCACGGAACCUUACUUCUCGUGCGGUGCCCUCUACAGACGGUUCAUCGGGUGCUGGGCGUCUGUACUAUGAAAUUCCGGUGCUCCAAAUAAUGGAGCGUGAAGUCUCAAGCUUCACAGACUUACAGAAGACACUAGCCCAGCUAGGAUAUAACAGUGGAAAUGUGCUCAUUCGACUCAGUUUCCGACGAACUGAACAACCCAUCGAAGAAGCAAUGGUCCAGAUUGGCGAGUUCUUCAAGUCUGAGGACGAGACCCCUCCAACACAAGACGCAAGCACCGCGCCCCCGGUGGUUCCCACCGAGGCCAAAGUGGAUGGCUCUGCCCAACAGUCAUCUGAUGAACCCCCGCCUGAGCCCUUGGGCGUUCUUGCGGCCUCAUCGGAGCCAGUUGCUUCUCCCCCAACUGCCCUUGCCCCGACCACUUCCACAUCUGAAUCUGAAUCUGGUCGAAAUAUCACAGUCUUCUCACCUCCCUCGGAGAGCACACCUUCAUCGGCGCAACUAGCGUAUAACGAGAAUGACUAUUUGCCCUCCAUCGAACACGCACAACUGCACCAGCGACUGCUCAACGAAUCAUCUCGUAAUCAGCGCUUGCCCACCCACGCAGAGAUGGCUGCCAAAGCAAAGGCAGAUGAGGCAAAACAAGCAGCAAUCCGUGAGGUCGAUGUUAAACUCCGCUUCCCCGACCAAAGCCAGGUGGUGGCCAAAUUCGGGGCACUGGACACUGGAUACUCGCUCUAUGAAUUCGUGCGGAGCUGCCUUUCUCCUGCAUUUGCGAAACAAGAAUUCCACUUAACCGUUCAUACUGCAUCGCGCUUCCAGCACACAAGCGCAAUCCCCUCAUCAGAUAAGAAGCUGUUGAUCAAAGAUAUCAAGCUGGUCGGCCGUGUGCUGAUCAACUUUUCCUGGGCUGAUAAUGUGGCCUCUUUUGUGCAUGAACGUCGAUCAGAGACACUUCGCCCAGAACUUCGGAGCCAGGCCCAACAGCUGAAGGUGGAACAGCCACCGGAGCCCAAAGAAGAGGAGACGGUUGCUCCGCAGCCUGGACCGAGCGGCGCUUCCGACAACGCAAAGCCCAGCAGUACGCGGAAGCCUGGUGCCAUGCCUAAAUGGCUGAAGCUAGGCAAGAAAUGA